CCACCCACGAGGAGGAGGCGUGAGAAGUGACUACUCACCCUUCUUCUGCUGUUGCACCACUGAUAGUUUAAUGGGUGUGUUUGGAGAAAAAAAACCUGUACAUCUCGUCGUAGCUGAAUUCCUCAUCGCAAUCAACAAACUGCAGCUGCUCAGUUCAGGAGUGUCUCACACACUCACACACACUCACACACACACACGCACACAGACUCCAGCAAUGAAAACAUCUGCAGCACAAGUCUGGACUUGCGUGUUUUUCAUGUGGUUUCUUAAAAAGGCGGAUGGAAAAACUCAAGAUGUGCAUGUAACCUGUCAGUACUCUGAGGACUGUGUCCUUCCCUGCAGCUUUACCCCCUCGGGCCGAGAGGAGAUCCGCUGGUUCAGACGGGACGCCCUUAUUUACAGUCAUCCACAGGGUACAAACAGUCACGAUGAGCUUUUUAUGGGAAGGACGUCCAUUUCAGCUCACGAGCUAUCACUUGGGAAUGCGUCGCUCAUCCUGCAGCGCUGCAUCCUGAAAGACAGGGGACGCUACAGAUGUGAAGUGACAAAGGGGGAAAAAAUGGACAGUUUCAUUAUACUAAAAGUGGAAGCCCCUAUCCGCUCAGUGAAUCUCGAGAUUACUCGUCUGAGCGGUUUUGAGGAGGUCAAGUGCUCCACAUGCAAUGUUUACCCUGCUCCUCACGUCUUCUGGUCCACCGAUCCGCCCACUCCAGUGGAGGAACUCAAAUACACAACAAGAAAAAUGGCCGACAAGCAGGGGCUGUACGUCAUGGAGAGUAGACUGAAGAGGCUGGGACAGCGUAGCGACCUCACCUACAUCUGUAUCGUCAACUCGUCCUCUGCUGCACAGACGUGGACCACAUCGCUGACGGAGACAGUUCACAAUAACGUCACACUCAGAUCAACGGUGUACUCAUUCUCCACCUGGACCGAAAUAAAGUCAGCUGAAGGUCAGGACAUCACCAUCCCCUGUAGAAGCCCCUGGAACCUGCAGAACUUUACACUGACCUGGUCCUUCACUACAGUAAACAUGUCCACCAUUAUCUACACUUACGACAGCAAGACACAGCAGAUCUCCAACCGCUGGAACGGCACGGCCUGGCUCGAACCCCAACGCGUACAGGAAGGCGAUGGAUCCCUGCGACUGUGCAGUAUCCAGAACCUGGAACACAUGGGCGUGUACACCUGUAACGUCUCAGCUAUCCAGAAGAACUACGUGGCACAAACCAGGGUCAACAUUACUUCAACACGAGAGUCUGAAAAUGAGAACCUGAGGAUGAACACCGCCUCCAGACCGUGGUGGAUCCCUGUCGCCGUCGUACUUGCUCUAAUGAUCAUCUUUGCAGCCUUAAUAGUAGGAAUAGUCAAAUUACAAAACAAGCGCUCAAAAACCAAAACCGAAGGAACGGCCAGAUAUUCCAAGGAGGUUAAAGUCACUGUAGACAAGAGUGAAGAAACAAAGGAAGAAGGAAGGCGUUUAACAUCCGAUCCAAGUAAAGAGCACACGUGAGGAGGACUGCAUUUCCGCAACGACGUCGGAGAACAGACGAACCCGAGAGCAGAACCUGAGCUCCAUGUGGUCAAUCUCUGCUGUUUAUAAUCACAAUGAUGGAUUUUUUAACUUUUCUUUGAAGUUACGAGACUGAUAUGUUCUCUCAUUUGCACAGAAAUCUGUGAGAAGCGAAGCUGCUGGUGCACCAAACAUGAUGCCAACAAUGUGGCACGGAGUAUAACUGAACACAUGUUACGGACUACAACUUUGAUUAAAGAGUGCUAAAUAAAUGAACUCAGAUUUAAACAGAAAAAUGAAGCGCAUGGUAAUAAAAACAACAGUUAAAGUGUGUGGAGUUAUAUAGGCCAGAAAAUAUGGAGUAAAUCCAAAUUAAUUUCAAAUUUUAUAUUUACUAAGUAUCUGAGCAAAAGUCAUUUAGAUUAUAGUAAAUAUCUGGGGGGAAACUGGUUUAUUUUUACUGAAUAUAUUACGGACAUUGAUUUAUAUUGACUAAUUAUGUGGGUGAAAAUGAUUUGGAUUCACUCAAUAAAAGAAGUUAUAUAUAAGAAACUCAUAUUUGAGCACAUUGUUGCUUAAUUCAACACAUUCAGAGUGCUAUUCUUAUUUAUCUGUACUUUUAUCGGUUCGUGCAACUUUGUCUCAUUUUUCCAAGUGCGAAAUGCCAAACUAUAAUAAAUAAAAUGACAGAACAACAAUAAAAUGCAUUUGGUCUUGUAAGAAAACAGACAGAAGUGCUCCCCUUGCUAUUUCACUGGGACUUGAACAAUUAAUGUAUGUUGUUUAUUUGUGUAAAUUCACGUUCCUCAGUGAAAACAGGUGAAAUCAUCCCUGCAUACCUGCUGUACACAGUGGAAGGUACAAAAACAGGUGGCUGUGCCAAUAUUAAGUCUAGAACAUGAUGCCACUCCUCUGAAAUCUGAACAUCCAUCUGCAGCACUGAAAC